AAUAGACAAAAAAUUCUAUGAUAAAUGAUGGUGAUGGUGUCAAAUUACAUUAAUAUUCUACGUUUUCACAUUAUAUACAGUACUAAUCUUGAGCUUUGGGAUUACAGACCAAAAAUGGCAGCCGUAACUCUUAUUUCCUCGAACAUUGUUCGACCUCAAAUCAUAAACCAAGAGGGUAGUGAAAAGAUCCAUCUAACUCCAUUUGAUCUUAAUCUUCUCUAUGUUAAUUAUACUCAAAGAGGUAUUCUCUUCCCCAAACCCGACCCGGAAACCCAUUUCAUCUCUCGGUUAAAAACGUCUCUUUCUUCUGCUCUAGAUAUUUACUUCCCGUUCGCUGGUCGUCUUAGCAAAGUGGAAAAUCAUGAAGACGAUACGGUGUCGUUUCACAUCGAUUGCAACGGCUGUGGUGCUAGUUUCAUUCAUGCCGUAGCUGAAUCUGUCACGGUAAGCGAUCUUCUCCCACCCGAUGGCUCUGUUCCUGAUUUUUUCAAGCUUUUAUAUCCCAUGAACGGUGUCAAGAGCAUCGAUGGCGUCUCUGAGCCUUUGCUUGCUUUACAAGUUACCGAGAUGAUAGAUGGAGUCUUCAUCGGUUUUGGUUACAAUCACAUGGUCGCCGACGGUGCUUCGAUCUGGAACUUCUUCAGCACUUGGUCGAAGAUUUGCUCUAAUAAUGGUCAACGGGAGAAUCUUGAUCAGCCUCUAGCCCUCAAAGGAUGGUUCUUGGACGCAAUGGAUUACCCUAUCCAUAUUCCGGUUUCAGAGACAGAGACGCCACCACUACCAAGCCGUGAAGUUUCUCCGACGUUCACAGAGAGAGUUUUUCACUUCACAAAGAGGAAUAUUUCUCAUCUCAAAGCUAAAGUCAACUGCGAGAUUGGCUCGAGUGACCAUAUAGUCUCGUCCUUGCAAGCGGUCUCGGCGCAUAUGUGGCGAUCAAUCAUUAGACACAGUGGUGUAAACCGAGAAGAAAAGACGCGUUGCGUUGUAGCAGUGGAUCUAAGGCAGAGGCUAAACCCUCCGCUCGUGAAAGAGUGUUUUGGUCAUGUGAUCUAUAACGCGUUAGCUACUACCACAGUUGGGGAGUUGCAGGAUCAUGGUCUCGGGUGGGCUUUUUUGCAAAUAAAUAAUAUGUUGAGAUCUUUGACGAAUGAAGACUAUACAACUUAUGCAGAUGAUUGGGUUAGAGAAAUGAAGAUCCAAAAAUUAGGUCUUGGAAGUAAAAUGACUAGGGAUUCUGUAAUUGUCUCAAGCUCUCCCCGGUUUGAAGUGUACGAUUGCGAUUUCGGUUGGGGCAAACCGAUCGCAGUUCGUGCUGGACCGAGCAAUAUGUUUAGUGGCAAACUCGUGCUUUUCCGUGGGAUCGAAGAAGGCAGUAUUGAUAUUCAUGCGUUUCUAUUGUCCGACAUACUUGUCAAACUACUAGCCGACGUGGAAUUCCUGGCUAAUCUAUGAUUUGAUUGGUCGAGAAAUAAAAACGAAUCUUUUGUUUAGUUUUUGAAUUUAAUUAUAUAUUUAUUUACUUAUUUAUUUUGUUGUCACCUGUUUUUA